AUGGAGCUUGCUUACGCACAUCAUACCGAUAGACGCAACGGGUACGGAUGGUGCCAACAGGUGCCGACAGGUGCCGACAGGUGCCGACAGAUGCCGACAGAUGCCGACAGAUGCCGACAGAAAAAAUACAUGGAUUUGCCAUCAAUUCCAUCUCAGCCUGAUGAUUCCCUUGGAGAAAAUCAUGAUGAAAAUAUCGAAAAUAUUUGGGAAAGUCCUAUUAUUACUCAAGACCCAGCAGUUCAAGACCAUGCGGUUGAAAAUAUGCCAGUGGAAGAAUUAUCUAGAUACCUCAAAAAUGACAACAUUGUUGUACAUAAAAGGCUAAUAAGUUUUGUUCAGUCGCCUCCUGAUAAUAUUGAUAUCCUGGAAGACAUUUUAGACAAAUCUCCUACAUUUCAUGGGACUGGUUGGUUUUAA